UUUUCUUUUCUUUUUUUUUUUCUUUUUUUUCGGAUAUGAGCUUCCUCAUCCGAAGAACCUGCGGGAGAUACUCUUCUCGAGUUCGUGAUGUAUUGGCAAAAAGGUCAUUCAAAUCUGUAAAGCUCCCGGGAGAAUGCCUUGAUGACGCCACCUCCCCGUCACUCGUCCAUGGCGUUCAUGUCUUCUACUGCCCGGAUGAAGUGGGAAUUGUGGCCAAAUUAUCUGAGUGCAUAGCUUCAAGGGGUGGUAACAUUCUUAGUGCUGAUGUUUUUGUGCCUGAGAAAGAGAAUGUCUUUUACUCCAGAAGUGAGUUUCUUUUCGACCCUGCUAAAUGGCCUCGGGAGCAAAUGGAUUGGGAUUUCUUGAAGCUUUCAGAGAUGUUCAAUGCGUUUAGAUCUGUUGUUCGAGUGCCAAAUUUAGAUCCUAAAUAUAAGAUUGCAAUCCUUGCUUCAAAGCAGGACCAUUGCCUUGUUGAUUUGCUGCAUUGUUGGCAGGACAGGAAACUUCCAGUUAAUGUCACAGCUGUGAUAAGCAAUCACGAUAGAGGGCCAAACACCCAUGUUAUGCGAUUUCUUGAAAGGCAUGGAAUUCCGUACCACCAUUUGGCAACAAGUACCGAAGACAAAAGAGAAGGAGAUAUGUUGAAUUUGGUGAAGGAUACGGACUUUCUAGUUCUUGCCAGGUACAUGCAGAUACUCUCUGGGAAUUUUUUAAGAAGCUAUGGAAAGGAUGUUAUAAAUAUUCAUCAUGGCCUGUUGCCCUCUUUCAAAGGUGGGAGCCCAUCUAAGCAAGCCUUUGAUGCUGGUGUGAAAUUGAUUGGGGCAACAAGUCAUUUUGUCACAGAAGAGCUUGAUGAAGGCCCCAUCAUUGAGCAAAUGGUGGAAAGAGUCUCCCACAGGGAUAAUUUGCGGAGUUUUGUACAGAAAUCUGAGAACUUGGAAAAGCAGUGUCUUGCGAAAGCAAUACAGUCAUACUGUGAACUGCGGGUUUUGCCUUAUGAGAAAAACAGGACUGUUGUAUUUUGAGGAUGCAUAACACAUGGCAUCCUUAGCCUCUUCGAAUUUUGUGUUCCGCUCGAGAAGCUUCCGGAUUGCACACACCCAUUUCUGCUUAUGGACUUUGUUCCUGCACUUGAACUCCAGCAAGCCCUGAGAUGUUUUCACCCCGAAGUUCACUUCCACAUAUUCCCUUCCUUUUCUGAAUGGCCAUUCGUCACUCUCGUCAAUGACUUCAUAAACAAUGCCUUUGUUCUUUCUGUAAAAGGCUCCACCAAUGUGUUUACUCCUCAACUUGAUCGUAACCUGCAAACGGUUGGUUUUCUGUCAGCCUUGCAAUAUAUACAUUUGACAAGCAUUACCCAUAUAUAAUGUAUAUACAGAAACCUUAUACAGAUAGAUAUACCUCACAUGCCUUGUUGAUAUAGACAGAGACAUUUCUCCAUUGUAGCAAGCCUGAGAAUUCAAACAAUCAGGUAUUGGAUUUAUUAUAUCAACUAAAACCAAACUGGAAGCAUGAAUUUACAAGAUUUUGUGGGAUAUGGAAAACUGGGAUAUUAGGCAGAUUCACCGUAUACUACAGAUUCUAAAUUAUCAGAUGCUCUUUGUAUACAUGAGAGUCGAUAUUUUUUUAAAAACUUCGCUUUAUCACCUUUUUGAGUGAGCUGUAGUAAGUCACCCACACAGGGAAGGUCCUCUUUCUCGAUUUCACUUUGAAAAGUCGCUUGAGAAGGAGAAUAUGCUAAGACCUUAUCGUAAGGACUCACAGCUGCACCACUCCUCUUUGCUUCCUUUGCUGUCAAAGUCAAGAGAUGACUUUCUGUGUGAAUUUGCACUGCUGACCUCACAACCGAGGUCACGUGCUCCCUGUGGGCCCCGCCAGAUUCCGCCAGCUCAAUACAGUAAGAGGCCAAGAGCUUUGUUGCUGAUGCCAAUGCAGUGUUCAUUUCUGGGCUCGAGGCCUUGGAUUUAUCGGCCGAGGCAAAAAAAGAAGCCAAUGCAGCUGCAAGGCCAGCAACAGAGACGAGAGCAUGCGUGUGUGCACUCUCCAGCCGAGCUUUAUCUUUUUUUCUCAUGGCAUUUCCUUCUUUGUGAUUGAAAAAUCUCCCCAUAGCCGUCGCCCCACUGCUCGAUGUUUUCGUUACUGUUCCAGACUGCCCGAUGGUAACAAACUUUUAGUUAUUUUUUUUUUCUCCUUCCAACUUUUGAUAGAAGAAAUGAAAAAUCUCAAACGACUCUCGAUUUUGAAAAUAGUACUCGUAUUUUUCACUAAAAAUCCCACUGAAUUGUGCGUUUUUUCACAAGAAAACUGCAAAACUCACUAGAUUUUGGCGGUUGAGAAAAGUUGUCGGACGACUCUCGAUUUGAAAAUAGUACUAGUUUUUAACUAAAGAUGCGAUUUUUAGUUUUGAAAACUAAAAAUCCACAGAAUUAUGCAUGUUUCGCAAGAAAACUGUGAAACUCACUAGAUUUGGCGGUUGGGAAAAGUUUUCGGGAUUGUCGCUUUGUUGACACGCAGCAGGUAGUGUGUUCUUCGUGGCAAGAGCUUCUGAUAUUUGGUCGGCAGUGAAUGUCCAAGAUCUCGACAAGAACUCCAUGGGCUCCUUUGGAGUCUGUGGCUGAGGUAUGUGGGGUAAUGCCGCUAGCUCGACUCUCUGAUUAUCUUCGUCUCCUCCUUGAACGAGCCCAAAGUACGAAGAAAAAUGACUGCUGUCCAUACUGAUGGUGACCUUUUAUGUGAAACAAGUGUUCUGCUUGCAAGUGAGAUUGAAGGUUAGGAAUAAAUGAUGCGUGAUUGAUGACUGCUGUUAGAAAGAUGGAUUUGUGACUCUUUUUUUGAUUCAUAUAUGUGUGUGUGUGUGUGUUUAUAUAUAUGUUAGGUACAAGGGACAAAAUUCUUGAUACCUCCCCCAAUAUAUGAAAACUGUCUGUUGCUUGGAGCUUCCCAUGAAAUCAGGGAUUUAUUGCUAGGCAAACUGAUUCUAG